GUGGGCGUAGCUCAGUUAAAAAAAACAUGGCGCCGAUCAGAAAGAGUGAAGAAGAAGUUGGAAGAAUUUGGGAUCGAUGCUUUGUUGAUACCACGAUAAAAGCUGCUAGUGGUGCUAUUGUUGGAAGCUUAUUUUCGCUUUUAUUUUUUAAAAGAAAAUCAUGGCCUGUUGCCCUAGGUCUGGGUGUGGGCAUAGGUGCAGGGUAUACUAACUGUAGACAUCAGUUUUGGUGGAGAAGGUACUAUCCAUACCCUCCAGCACAAGGUUUUAAGUACAGACCACCAUUCUGGAGAGCACCACCACACUCAAGGAAAGAUAAUGCACCAGAAAAGUCAAAGGAAGCUCCACCCCCAGCUGAUGUAGCACCAGAACCAGUAGCAACUGAAAAAACAGAAAUCAAACCAAGUGAUUCUUAGAGAGCUUGUUAGUAUUUAAAAUAAGCAUGGAAAUGAUGUCAUGAACAAUAAUUAUGAUUGACAGCAGUAUGUCACCACUGAUAAGCUUCAGUAACAUCAUUACAUGCUUCAGAAGGAUAUUAAUAAUUUUGGUUGACCGGUGAUAAAGUCAGACAAACCAAACCAAAGGUUAUUAUGUUUCAUUAUAAUAGAGUAAUUGUCUGAACUGUGUAAAGCAAAUAAAAGGUUAUUCUUGCUAGAAUCAUUGUAAA